AUUGGAUUCAUGUGAUCAAUAUUCUGCCUUCUCUUUCCAUCCUGCAUCUAUCUCGUGCCACUCUUUCUAGGCUUCCCUCUACACUGCCCCAUGUUAAUUUCACUUCUCUUACUACACUUGAUCUCUCUGGGAACAACUUUGCAUCAAGCAUACCCGGUUGGCUGUUCAAUCUUAGCAGCCUCGAACAUCUCGAUCUUGGGCUCAAUCAGUUCCAUGGCAAUAUACCACUCGCCAUCCGGAGUCUCAAGAAGCUUCUGGUCUUAGAUCUCUCGAACAACAGCUUCAGUGGAGACAUCCCAGAAACGGUGUGGAGUCUUAAGAGAUUGCGGUCGAUAGAUUUGUCUGGGAACAAAAUCAGUGGGCCGGGGUAUACCAGAAACUGUGGGGAAUCUCAAAAGCUUGGAAUCCUUGGACCUCAACGGAAACAAUAUCAGGGGUGAAAUACCAAAGACCAUGGGGAGGCUUACAAAGUUGCAAAUUUUACGGUUGGAUGAUAAUCAAAUUAGUGGAAAGAUACCAGGAACCAUAUGGAAUCUCAGUGAGUUGCACAUGUUAUAUCUAUCAAACAAUGUCAUCAAUGGGCAGAUACCAGAGACAGUCGGAAAUCUUCAUCACUUGGAAGAGUUACAUUUGGAUCGCAACUCUUUAGCUGGAGUGAUACCUAGAACAGUGGGUAAUCUCUGCAACUUGAGGUACUUUGGUGCUUCUGAGAAUAAUAUAAGUGGAGAGAUUACAGGAUUCAUAGAAGGUUUUUCGAGAUGCAGCCCUAGGAGAAUGCAAUAUAUUAGUUUGCAUGACAACAAUCUUAGUGGUGCUUUGCCCAGUCAGAUAGGAGAACUCCAAAGUUUGGAAUAUCUCGAUCUCGGUUUUAAUUCAUUAAACGGUUCAAUUCCUGCAUCACUGGGGAAGUUAUCUGCCCUAUCUCAGCUGGAUCUCCCAUCAAAUUCCUUGUCGGGUGCACUGACCGAAGCCCACUUUGCCCAGCUCAAAAGCUUGUUAAUUUUGGACUUGUCUGAUAACUCAUUAACCGUAAAUGUGAGCCAAGAUUGGCUUCCUCCAUUUCAAGCAGAAGUGAUCAACAUGAGGUCUUGUCAGAUGGGGCCCAAAUUCCCUCCAUGGCUUCGGAACCAGACUCAUUUGUUUGCACUAGACCUAUCGAGUGCAGGAAUAUCAGAAGAUCUCCCUGAUUGGUUUUGGGACAAGAAUGAGCCUUUCUUUUAUCUUAAUGUUUCUCAUAAUUAUAUGAAAGGAAACCUACCUAUUUCCUUUAUGAAAAUAGAUGAAAACGUACCUACUUCCUUUAUGAAAAAAGAUGAAAGCCACGUGCCUGACUUUAUUUUUGAUUCCGACGGUGAAAUCAAUGAGGAACUAGCGUUCAUGGAUCUAUCCAGCAAUUUAUUCUCCGGACCUAUUCCCCCAACCUUGGUUGAUGGUAAUCACUAUCUCAACGCUCUGCUUCUUGCACAUAACAGGAUCAGUGGCAGCAUUCCAUCAUCAUUUUGUGAGGCAAGUGAUCUAAUGGUUCUCAAUCUUGCCGAUAAUGAUUUAUCCGGAGUUCUCCCUGACUGUUGGAACCACACAACAAUUUUGGGCGUCAUUGAUUUCUCAGAUAACAAUUUGUCAGGAGGCAUCCCUAGCUCAAUGGGAUCUCUCGGUGAACUCAGCUCACUGCAUUUGGGAAACAACAAUCUCUCGGGCAAAAUUCCUUUGUCCUUACAACAGUGCAAACAAUUGAUUACUCUUGACCUUGGCAAUAAUAAGUUGUCCGGUAGCAUACCUGAAUGGAUUGGAGAGAGUCUCUCAUCAUUGAGGGUUCUCCGUCUGCGAUCAAAUAUGUUGGACGGCAACAUUCCUACGCAACUAUCACUCCUUGCUUCCCUUCAAGUGUUGGAUCUUGCUGGCAACAAGCUAGCUGGAACUUUGCCGCCAUCUUUAGGUAAUUUGAAAGCGAUGAUUGUGACACCAAAUGGGAGCCAACCAAUUCUUUCUGAAUAUGUGGCCUCGUAUUACACUGAGAAUCUCGUGAUAACAAUAAAGAAUUUAGACCUUAUAUUCACUACUGUGCUCUCACUUGUGACAAGCUUAGAUCUCUCAGACUACAAUAUUUCUGGAGAGAUUCCCAAAGAGUUUACAAACCUUCAUGGGCUUCGUUCCUUGAAUUUAUCAGGGAAUCAUUUGACAGGAAGGAUUCCAAAAAAUAUUGGUGCCAUGGAGCAGUUGGAGUCGCUUGAUCUGUCAAUGAACAAUCUAUCAAGCACAAUUCCCACAAGCAUCUCAAAUUUGAAUUUUCUAAGCCACUUGAACUUGUCCCACAACAAUUUGUCAGGAAGAAUUCCAUCCGGCCCCCAACUUCAAACUUUUAAUGAUCCAUCCAUCUACAUUGGCAAUCAGUAUCUUUGUGGACAGCCACUGCUAGAAAAAUGCCCUGAUGAUGAACCGACAGCUAUGGAACAGAAGAAAAACAGGAUGAAAAUGAUUCGGAAAUGAUAUGGUUUUAUGUUAGCUUAAGUCCGGGAUUUGUGAUUGGCUUCUGGGGUUUUCUUGGCGCGGUGAUGCUCAAAAAGAGCACACGGUAUGCUUAUAUCCGAUUCAUUGACAGGAUAUGUGAUUGGAUUUAUAUGGUAGUAACAAUACAUUCUGCUAAGCCAAAGUCCAAGAGAAACCGACAACGCAGGUAAGUGGUUGCAGAGUU